UUUGCAACCGAUCGAGAUUAUCACACAAAGCAACAAAAUGGACGACUCGACGGUGAAGAGCACGAGCUACAAGAGUGGAGCGGCGAUGAAGACGGAGAAGAGAUUGAGCCAUUAGAUCAGAUGCCAGAUCAACGCCAGCGAUAUCAACGAAACAAUGGUUGGAAUGUUGAAGAAAUGUUUAGCACAAAUUCACAAAUGGGAGUACAGUCGACGUACGAGGAGGAUUUGCGUCAAUAUACUACGUGA